CGACGCAACGCAACGCAACGCGGUCUCCGCCGUCUCCAACCUCUCGUCCCGUCCGCCUCCCAAAUAAAUCCAACCCAUAAAUUUUUUUUCUUCCGCCGCUGUGUCCGCCAUUAUUCCUCCGCGAGGAACGCCUCGAGGUGCCCGUGCUAGAUCGGUGGCGCCUCCCUCCUCUCCGGAGAAAAAGUUCCCAGCCCGAUUCUUGGGAGGGAUUUCUCGCGCGCGGUCCGGUUUCUUGAGCAAUAGAGCAGGUUCUUGGAUGAAACAGUGGGCAUGGUAGUAUCGAAUCGGUGUGAAAUUGUGUGUUGCUACACGCUGACCUGCCCCGGUCGAAAUUCCGCAGGCAUGCAGAGCCAGAUCGUGUGCCAUGGGUGCAGGAGCGUGCUACUCUACCCGAGAGGGGCGCCCAGCGUGUGCUGCGCGGUGUGCCAUGCCGUCACCAGCGCGCCUCCUCCAGGAAUGGAGAUGGCUCAGCUUAUAUGUGUCGGUUGUCGAACCUUGUUGAUGUAUACUCGCAAUGCAAGUACCGUCAGAUGCUCAUGUUGUGAUACAGUCAAUCUUGCCAGACCAGCACCGCCAGUGAGUAGUAUAGCUCAUGUGAACUGCGGCCAGUGCCAGACGGUGUUAAUGUAUCCAUACGGAGCAUCUUCAGUAAAAUGCGCUAUCUGCAAUUUCAUUACAAAUAUUGGGAUGAAUACCAUAAGACCGUUGCCACAUACAAUGCCUGCACCAAACGGAACUUCAUAUAAUGUCCCAUCGACUUCUGCGCCGUCCACUCAAUCACAGAAUGUAACCGUGGUUGUCGAAAAUCCAAUGACAGUAGAUGACAAGGGAAAAUUGGUGAGCAACGUCGUGGUCGGGGUAACGUCUGGUGGGAAAAAGUAGCAAAAUAUGUCGGCAGCACACAAGUGUGGCCCUGUUCUAUGUGUUUAUAAUCUGGAGUUGGAAACACUUUGUACUAUACCCUUGUCGGGCGAUGUAUCAAUCUGUUGCUCAGAAGCAAGAAAUAUCCGAAGAGCAUAAAGAUGUUUUGUGCCCGACAAAAAAGAAAAAAAAAAGUGCGGGAGUGCGAACUGAGAAAACUGCAAAAACUGUAGUUUGUUUACACCUUGAUUCUUUUGUAUGUAACAUAUGGGACCUCCCUGUGUGAUCAAAUUCCUGCCCUGAUUAAGGGGCCUCUCUCAUCCUCGAUGAAUAACAGCAGAUAACUUUGCACAUGGCUGGCUCCAGCUGUUGAUGAUUUAGUGAACGGUAAUUAUUGUGAUGACUAAUUCUUUGAAGGAUAAAUACGUACUACAUGUAUACAUCAGAAGUGUAAAAUCAACUAUUGGUCAAGGGACAACGUGUAAUUGCGGUUGCAUUGUACGUGUAAUAGUACCUGUGGGUAUUUAUUUACACAUUGCACGUUACGAAA